UGCGCUUUCUCCAGAAAAUGCGGAAGUGAAACAAUUUAAUUUGAUGCCAUUCCGGAGGACAGGAAUGGGCGACAAUAAUUGAUUGUUUACAAUAUAAUAUAAUUAUGGGAUAUUAAAUAGCCUAGCGGAAUAUAUCGCUCAAUCAAAACACAACGGCAGCCGAGUUGAGAUGGAGAGCCGUCGCACAGUAACACGAAGGUCGAGAAAUCAACGCAUCCGACUCAUCAAAUGACAUCGCCACACACGCUCGUUUGCCAACCUGUAGCCUAGGUGUGGCGGGCUCGAGGGCGGUCAGUGUUUGGUGUCAACAAACGAACACUUUCACAUCAUCGCGCUCGGAUUCUUCCACGGAGGCAGAGGGACGGACAUAGUCGCCUCCAUGCCUCGCUUCCCGGGGAGGACUGCAGACGUGGCCGCUAACCUAACUUCCCCCGUGCUGGGUCGGCCACUGUGCGCUAACGGAACGCCCUGGAUCCUCUACCUGUUCGAGGAAUGCGUGGAGAAUGUGUGGGAAUACUGGAGCGUAGUCAUCGGGCUGAUCUCAAUGUUUUGUUUCUUGCUGUCUACUCUACCGCAAGUCUAUGAGGCUUAUCGCAAUGGUAACGUGGAGGAGGCCAUGUCUUUUGGCUUUCUGCUCUUCCUCUUCAGUGGGGACCUCAGCAGUCUCAUAGGCUGCGUCCUGACCAGCCAGCUGCCCAUCCAGAUUGUGACAGUAGUGUUCUACAUCUUCACUGAUCUCCUGCUCAUCUCCCAGUUCCUCUACUACAAGAUAAAGAACAACUCAUGUAAAAAGCGCCCCACGUUGAAAGUGGUUGUGUUUCCUGUUGUGUGGGGCUUCCCACUGUGGCCCUCCUGA